AGAUUCUGGUAAUAUUUUCCAAUUUGUUAACAUUCAACCAAAAGAAAGUAACAAAACUUAAGCAAAAGCUUCACAGAUUAUCUGCGCUAAACAAAAGGAAAUAGUUUUUGAAUAAACAACUUGCAGAAAUGGUAGACUACAGCAAAUGGAAAAACAUUGAGAUAUCCGAUGAUGAAGAUGACACUCAUCCAAACAUUGACACACCUUCACUGUUCCGGUGGCGUCAUCAGGCACGUGUUGAACGAAUGGCCGAAUUGGAACAAGAAAAAGAUGAGUUGAAGAAGACAAAGCAAUCUUGGCAGGCCCGAUUGAUUGAUUGUAAAGAGCGCAUAAAAAACAAAAAAGGAAAUGAAGACGAACUAAAGAAAGAAUUGGAGAAACUGGAAAAAGAAGGCAAAGAUUUGGAUCGUAAAGAGGAAGAGCUGUUAAAUAAAGAAAAGAAAAUGCCAUGGAAUGUGGAUACUAUUAGUAAGCCUGGUUUCGCAAAGACUGUGCUAAACAAACAACCAACCCGGCAACCAGAUGAGAAUCUUACCGAAGAGGAGAAAGAGGCCAGGAUGAAAAAGUUUGUCAAGGAAAAUGAAAAGUUAUGCAAGCAAUACGGUAUGUUGCGCAAAUAUGAUGAUUCCAGGCGGUUUCUUCAAGACCACCUUGAUUUGGUGUGUGAGGAGACUGCAAACUAUUUGGUGAUAUGGUCCAUCAAUUUGGAGAUGGAUGAAAAACAUGAAUUGAUGGCCCAUGUGGCUCAUCAGUGUAUAUGCAUGCAGUAUAUUUUGGAGUUGGCCAAACAAUUAGAAGUUGAUCCACGAGCCUGUGUGGGGUCAUUUUUCUCAAAAAUUCAAAACUGUGUGCCCGAGUACCGACAACAAUUUGAAAGUGAAAUUGACGGUUUCAAAGAACGCAUUAAGAAGAGGGCUCAGGAAAAAAUUAAAGAAGCCAUAGCAGAAGCGGAAGAAGAAGAACGUAAAGAACGUUUGGGUCCCGGUGGUUUAGAUCCCGUCGAAGUUUUUGAAGCACUACCAGAUGAAUUGAAGAAAUGCUUUGAAAGUCGUGAUACUGAACUAUUGCAAAAAACUAUUGCAGAGAUGCCAGUAGAAGAAGCUAAAUAUCACAUGAAACGAUGUGUAGAUUCUGGUUUAUGGGUUCCAAAUGCUGCCGAUUUAAAUGAGGGGCCUGCAGAAGAAUCAACAUCGACCGUUGAAGAAACAAAAACCGAAGAUAAAAAGUCUGACAUGGAAAAAGAGCCAAUAUAUACUGGCGUCAGUUCAGACGAUUUAGAUUGAUUGCUAUGAUCAAGAGUAAAACAGUGCAUUUGCAGCAUAAUUAAAGCAGUCCAUAAAAUAAAUCCUUUGGGUAGGAAAAUAUUCAAACUUAACACCUCUUCACUCUUCUAUCUACAAAUGUUUAUCACCUGUUUCUCCCAUUUUUAAUAUAAACUGUUUUUAUUUCGAAUUUAGUUAUGGAAAUUUAGUCAUUCAAAAGUAUUCUUAUUGUGUACGUUGAUUUGAGUAUAUUAUAUAUUUUAAAAAGAAAUCGUUGUAUGUAAAUAAAUGUAAGGGAUCUUCACAAAUGCAAAAAAAAGAAACUUCAAUGUAACCAAAAAAGAAGUGUACAUGAACGCUAUUGCAAAACUCUCUUUUUAAAGAAAAUAUACAAUAUACAAGUAAUAUGUAUCAAA